AUGCAUAACGAUGAUAGCAUUGAUACUGACUGUGCUAGAUCAAAGCCUGAAAUGAUCAAAUUUUAUAACUCGACCAAAGGAGGAGUCGACACUGUUGACCAAAUGAAAGGAAAGUAUUCCGUCUCAAGAAACAGCCGGCGUUGGCCAUUGACAAUAUUUUUUUCUGUUCUAAAUAUUGCGGGCAUAAAUAGCCAAAUUAUUUAUGCUAGUAACACUAAUGCAAAAAUUGUUCGCAGAGAAUAUUUAAAAUGUCUUUCAAAAGCAUUAAUUUAUAAAUAUAUGUUGGAAAGAGUACAGAUAAAAAACAUUCCAAUGAAUAUAAAAGUUCGAAUACGUGAAAUCACAAAUGCUAUAGAGGAACCAGUACAAAAGACGUCAAAUGCUCCUGGAAGAUGUGCAUUUUGUAAUUGA